AUGUGUGUAUCGUCGAAACGUUCAGAUGAUAAUCGUCUUGUUUCUCCUACGGGUCAACGACGAAACAUUCCUGUAUCAGUUUUUUCACCAGCUAAACAUGAUAAUAAACGUUCAACUACUGUUCCAUCAUCAUCUACUAGUCCAACAAAUGAUUCUAAUUCAAUAAAUAAUUGUGAAUCUCAACAUGAACAACAAGAACAAGAACAAGAACAAGAACAACAAAUUUCAUCUUCAUCUCGUUCAUCAACAGGUGAUGGUUGUUAUACUAUUAUAAAUAAUACAAAUGAAAUGCAUAAUAAACUUUCAACAACAAAUUCAUCACUUAAAACAUCAACAGGAAAUAUUUUAGAUGAACUUUCAUUGACAAAUGAUAAACAUGAUAAUACUAAGAAAAUGAACGUUUUCGAACGACUUUUUCGUGGUCAUAAAAAGAAAGUUUAA